AUGCAGAUGCUGACCAAGUUUGAGUCGAAAUCGAAUCGGGUCAAGGGCAUUGCGUUCCACCCGAAGCUUCCGCUGCUGGCCGCGUCGCUGCACAAUGGCUCGAUCCAGCUGUGGAACUACCAGACGGGCACCAUCUACGAUCGCCUCGAGGAGCACGAGGGCCCGGUGCGUGGCGUGAGCUUCCACCCCACGCAGCCGCUGCUUGUGAGUGGUGGUGACGACUACAAGGUCAAGGUGUGGAACCACAAGACGGGCAAGGUCCUCUUUACCCUGCACGGGCACCUCGACUAUGUGCGCACUGUCUACUUCCACCACGAGCACCCGUGGAUCAUCAGUGCAUCGGAUGACCAGACGAUCCGUAUCUGGAACUGGCAGAGCCGCACGUGUAUCGCGAUCCUCACCGGCCACAACCACUAUGUGAUGUGCGCGCAGUUCCACCCCCACGAAGACCUGAUCGUGUCGGCGUCCAUGGACCAGACCGUGCGUGUAUGGGACUUUUCCGCGCUCAAGCAAAAGUCGACCACCGCACAGCCCAUGUCGCUCGACGAGCAGAUCGCGCGCGCGAACAGCGCGCAGAUGGACCUGUUUGGCAAUAUGGACGUCAUUGUCAAGUACGUCCUCGAGGGCCACGACCGCGGCGUGAACUGGGCCACUUUCCACCCCGCGCUGCCGCUCAUCGUGUCCGCGAGCGACGACCGCCAAGUCAAGCUCUGGCGUAUGUCCGAGACCAAGGCGUGGGAAGUCGAUACGUGCCGCGGCCACUACAACAAUGUGUCGGCGGCGCUCUUUCAUCCCCACAGCGAGCUGAUUCUGUCGGCUUCGGAGGACAAGACGAUUCGAGUGUGGGACAUGGGCAAGCGCACGGCUGUGCAGACCUUCCGCCGCGAGCACGACCGCUUCUGGGUGCUGACGUCGCACCCCCGUGUGAACCUCUUUGCGGCGGGCCACGACAGCGGUUUGAUCGUCUUUAAGCUCGAGCGCGAGCGCCCGCCGUUUGCGCUGCACAACAAUGUCCUGUACUAUGUGCGCAACAAGCAAGUGCGCACGCUCGACUUUGCCUCUGGCAAGGACCAGGCGGUGCUGAGCAUCAAGCGCCUCGGCAACCAGUACGUGCAGCCCCGCGCGCUGAGCUUCAACCCUGCCGAGCGCUCGGUGAUUGUCACGUCGACGAGCGGCGACAGCGGCGUGUUUGACAUUGCGCCCCUGCCGCAUACCCCCCCGGCGGAGCUGCAGGAAUCCGGCUCGGUUGGCAAGCGUGGUCAAGGUGCGAGUGCGCUGUUUGUCGCGCGCAACCGCUUUGCGGUGCUCCUCAAGCCGACACACUCGGUCGAGAUCCGCGAUCUGUCGAACAAUGUCGUCAAGACGGUCACCCUUCCCGACGAGGUCCAGGACAUUUUCCCGGGCGGCACGUCGCACAUUGUCUUUAGCACCCCGACGUCGGUCGCGCUCUUUGACACGCAGCAGCAGACCGUCACGGCUGAGCUGCCGAGUGCCGCGGUGAAGUACGUCGUCUGGUCUCCGGAUGGCUCGAUGGCCGCGCUGCUCAGCAAGCACACCAUCACUCUGACGAACAAGACCUUUACCACUUCCCACGUCCUCCACGAAACGAUCCGUAUCAAGAGUGCGGCGUGGGACGCGAGCGGCGUCUUGCUGUACAGCACGCUCAACCAUAUCAAGUAUGCGCUUCCCCAGGGCGAUACCGGCAUUAUCAAGACGCUCGAGCAGCCCGUGUACCUCACGCGCGCUAACGGGCCGGUUGUCAACUGCCUCGACCGCCAGGCGUGCCCGCGGACGAUCCAGAUCGACCCGACCGAGUACCGUUUCAAGCUCGCGCUGCUCCAGGAGCGCUAUGACGAGGUGCUGAGCAUCAUCAAGACCUCGCGCUUGGUCGGCCAGUCGAUCAUUGCGUACCUGCAAAAGAAGGGCUACCCCGAGAUCGCUUUGCACUUUGUGCAGGACAAGACCACGCGCUUCGACCUCGCGGUCGAGUGCGGCAACCUCGACGUGGCGCUCGAGACGGCCGAGGCGAUCAACGUGCCCGAGAUCUGGGCGCGCCUGGGAGAGACGGCACUGAAGCUCGGCGACCACCGCAUCGUCGAGCGCGCCUACCAAAAGAACAAGGACUUUGACCAGCUCUCCUUCCUCUACCUCAUUACCGGCAACACGGAGAAGCUCAGCAAGAUGGCGACGAUCGCCGAGCGCCGCGGCAAUGCCCAGAGCAUGUACCACAAUGCGAUCUAUGCCGACGACGCCGCGACGCAGGCACGCGUGCUUAGCGGCGCCGGCCUCGACGCGCUUGCGUUUAUCGCUGCGCAGAACGCAGGCGACGCCGCGCUCGCCGCCGAGAUCGCAGAAAGCGCGGGCAUCGACAGCGCAACGGCCUCGGCGGCGCUCGCGACGAGCGCGCCGGACGCGCCGGGCCUGCCUCCGGUCGUCACCGAGAGCUUCCAGCUGAACUGGCCGCUGGUCGACACGCAGGAGAACUACUUUGACCAGAUCCUCGCGGCGAACGCCGACGGCGGCGUGAUCUUUGAGGACAAUGCGGUGGAUGCGCCGGCCCACGACCUCGACUCGUGGCUCGACGGCGACGCGCUCCACGACGCGGAAGAAGAGCUCGCUGAAGACGCCGCGGCGCUCGACAUUGGCGACGCGGACGAGGCCUGGGACCUCGACGAGUCAACCGUCGCGCCGGCCGAAGAGGAGCUCGGCCAGCACAUUGCGCCGCUCGUCGACGCGCACGCCCUCGAGGGCUUUGCGCCAGGUAGUGCCGAGAGCGAGCACUGGCUGCGCAACUCGCCUGUCGCCGCGGACCUCGCUGCGGCUGGUGCGUUUGAUACGGCGCUGCAGCUGCUCAGCCGCCAGGCGGGCAUCGUGGCCUUUGCGCCGCUGCGCCCGCUCCUCUGGCGUGCGUACGCGUGUGCGCGGGCGGUUGUGCCGGGUGCGCCGGGCGCCCCGCCGCUUGUCCUGCACCUGCGUCGCAACAACGAGGCGAGCGAAGGCGAGCUAAGCCGUGUGCUCCCCGCAACGCCGCUCUCGGUGUCGUACCUGCGCUCGCACGAGCUGCAGGAGGCGUACAAGGCCGUGAGCGGCAACAAGCUGCCCGAGGCCGAGGUGCUUUUCCGCUCGCUCCUGCACCAGCUCGUACUGACGCCUGCCGCGAGCGAUGCCGAGGCGAGCGAGAUUGCGCAGCUCAUUAGCCAGUGCCGCGAGUACCUCGUCGGCAUUGCGAUCGAGCUCGAGCGCCGUGCGCUCGCCGCUGCUGAGCCGGACAAUGUCGCGCGCAACGUCGAGCUUGCGGCGCUCUUUACGCAUGUGCAGAUGCAGCCGCAGCACCAGAUGCUCGCGCUGCGUAUCGCCAUGAUGGAGGCACGCCGCGUCGGCAACCUCGCGAUGGCCGGCCACUUUGCGCGCCGCCUGAUUGAGCUGCAGCCUCCGGCCAAGGUCGUGCAGGUCGCGCAGCAGAUCCUCGCACUCAGCGACCGCCAGCCGCGCGAUGCGGUGCCGGUGCCGGGCUACUCGACGCACGAGGCAGUGUACGUCGUGUGUGCGGGCAGCCAUACGUUGAUUCCGAACGGCGGUGCAGGUGCGAUUGAGGACCCGCUUACGGGUGCCAAGUACCUGCCCGAGUAUGCGGGAUCCCUGUGCACCGUGAGCCAGAUCAGCGAGGUCGGCCGGCUUGCGACGGGUCUCCGGAGUGUCGCGUAG